AUGUUAUCCUGUAAUUAUUGCACAUUCCGACGUUUCCAGGUGAACCCGGCGCGACUGCCAAUUGUUGUUGGCGGAUUAUUGGAUGUCGAUUGCUCGGAGGAUGCAAUUAAACAGCUCAUCAUUAAUACUAGGGGAAAAUUUGAUAUCGACGAAUUGGUGGAGGAGGUCGAAAAGCGAAAUAGACUGAAACUGUUGGCGCCUUGGUUGGAAAUGCGUAUCCAGGAGGGAGCUACAGAUCCGGCAACGCAUAAUGCUCUUGCAAAGAUCUACAUUGAUGCCAAUAAUAAUCCGGAGCGAUUCCUCCGUGAAAAUCCAUACUAUGAUUCACGUGUUGUCGGGAAGUACUGCGAGAAAAGAGAUCCGCAUUUUGCUUGUCUUGCUUAUGAGCGUGGCCAGUGUGAUGCUGAACUCGUCAAUGCAAUUUUGAACGUGUGUAAUGAAAAUUCAUUGUUCAAAAAUCUGGCGCGUUACUUGGUGAAACGCCGUGAUUUUUCUCUUUGGGCCCAAGUGCUGGCUGAGGAUAACCAGCACAGAAGACAGCUUAUCGAUCAAGUUGUGCAAACAGCAUUAUCGGAAACACAAGAUCCAGAAGAUAUCUCAGCAACAGUGAAAGCUUUCAUGGCUGCAGAUCUGCCGAAUGAGUUGAUUGAGCUUCUGGAAAAGAUUGUUCUUGAUAACUCUGUCUUUUCGGAGCACAGGUAG